AUGUGCAAAAGAGUUGACCAUGCUUUUUACUGCCUGGGUUUUCUUGUCUAUUUACAACUUACAGCUACGCUUGCUGUUUCAAUAAACAACAGUAGUAAUAUUGAUUAUGAAGGAACGGAAAAUGUCGAUGACCCGUGUGAGAGUUUCCGGUGUGAAAAUGACGGCCAGUGUAUGACAAUUGUAUCCGAGCGAGAUGGCAACGAAACGAAACAUGCCGAGUGUACCUGCCACGAUCGUUGGAUUGGACCUCGAUGUGAAUCUCUUCUUAUCUUGUCCCCACGACGGAUCACGGAAUUCAGCGUCGAACUCCGGGUCAGCGUUCAGAAGACGAACACAUCGCAAUGGCAAGAAGAGAAAUACCUGAAAUACACCUUACAAUACUGGAGCAACGACAGCGACACGUCCUGCUAUAAAAUCCCCGAAAUUACCAACCUCACAUACGAAAUUUCCGACCUUACAUCAGGCGUCUUCUACCAUUUCUGCGCCCGCACUGACAUCGUAGCCAAGUGUGCUACUAACUCCAAAGACCCUCUUGGUCUGGGUUCGAAUUGUAUCGGUAUCGUGACACGUCUUCCGACAGGAGAACAAGAGAACAAUGCUAAAGGGACUUUAGUUCCGGUUCUUCCCAUUGUUAUUAGUGUCAUCCUCUUAGUUACCGCGGUGACGGCCCUCGCUGUUGUCUUUAAAUGCGGCUACAGCCUAUUCAAAGAGUGCGGUUGUUCUCUUUAUCGAACCGUUCAGUGCUGCUGUCGACAGAACCGGAAACCCGCGUAUGAUCUUUUCAUUUUACCAGACAACGCAUGCGCUAAUGUGAAUAAUCAAACUCCUCUCAUCGCGGACUCCAGUCAGACUCAUUUACAGAAUCCACAGUGUCUGACUUCUCUUACGCAGGCCUCUGUGUCUGCGCAUGCUACGCCGACAUUUUUUCCUCUAGCUACAGAUCGAAACCUAAGCGAACAGAAUCCAGAGAGAAUGCUUCCGCUUAUGUCCCAAACAAACGCUGAGGUAGCAGACAGCGAAUCGCCUGAUUUCAUACAAAUCAGUUCGUAA